CAAUCGAGGCUCUUCCGAAAUUGCCUCGGGAAUAGGCAACUUAAAGCGUGCCAAUCUGCUGUCUACUCACAUCAGAUUAGCUCGGCCUGUAAAUGAUGCUCGUAUUGACACCAAGAAAGGCAUGGCGUGCUUUGACGAGAUAUCCAGAUGCGGACAAGCGGUUUGGCUUUGGAGCACGUUUAUAUCUUUGCUCUGACCAGGAUUCUUAGGGCAACGACUCUAGAAAACCUGAAGACGUGAGUGAAGAGAACCUCGCAAGAAAACGUUCCACCUUGUUCUUGCGGAGUCUCUUUGGCAUCUGAUAAGGAUCUAGAAUUCUCGAAAUUUAUUGGAUAAGCUGCCAACCGCAAGUGAAGGAAUAGUUCAUGAGGCCUGUUCUUUGGCUUGCCGCAAGUCCAAGCAAGAGAAAUGGAGUUUUACGAGGAAUUCCAAGAGCUCGAGUACUUUGCGGUUGGAUUGAUGGUGUCCUCACCAUGCAGUGUUCUGCCAUUCAAAAAAGUUUGGAGAGGCAGCGUGGAGAUACUGCAUGAAGGCAAACCUGUAGAUUGGAAUCUUUGGCUUCAUGGGAAACUACUUCUUGACUCAUUACUUAUAUACAAUCCUAGCAAGCUAUACAUUUCCAUCAUGGAGACUUAACAACGUCCCCUUGGUGGCGUAUCUUCUCACGCAGCCUUACUUUUUACUCUACCACGUCUUUGCGAGCAACUUUGAGAAGGCUAAAGGCAGCUCAGGCCAAGACCUCAAGCGUAGCUUUCUCCGGGCUCGUCCAAUUCGUUUCGACAGCGAUACUGGCUUAUUUGACAGCUCUCAUCGAGGCAUUGACAAUCUCAGAGUUUUCGAGCUUCAUUCGGGCAUAUUUUCGGCAUUCUACAAAGUUGGCUCCUUGUUCUACGCCCUCUACUUCAUCGUCAGCUAUCCAAUGUUCAUGAGGAUUGACGAAGACCCGAGCGAUGAAUCGUCUUUCUUGAGAACCACCGGGAAUGCAUUAGCAGCGUCAAUGCUGGUUACCAUUUUGCUAGAUUUCUGGCGUCUAACCAUCGGCCCAGUCGUCGAUCAGCAUCACCAUUCUUGGUAUCAACAAGAACGUAAACUUGCUCGAAUUUUUCUCUCGAAAAGGGUUCUUAUUACAAAGAUGGGCGUUUUCGUGCUGGACGGGUCGAUUGUCAUGAGCUUCGUGAAGAACACUGGUUUGUUCCACGAGACCAUGCUCAAACACUUCGAUCAAAUGGAUGUAAAUCACAGGGGCCUUCUCACACUCGCAGAGUUCCAGCCCUUUGUGGAGAGCUUAAAUCUUGACAUGGAGUUCGACUUUGGGGUCCCAGUGCCAAUGACCCAAGCCGAGUUGGCGCUCAAGUGUAGCUCCGUGUUUGAUCUGUUUGACACGAAUCACGAUGGAUUCAUCGACGCGGGCGAAUUCGAGUCGCAGCUACGGGAGAUCUUCGAGGGAAUCGCGUUGGGGCUGGGUCAAACUUCGGUGCACUUAAUUGUCAACGACAGCAGCAUACUCAAGGAGGUGGCCGCAUUGACCACCGGCUGCCAGCUUUAG